GGAGGGGGCGGCGGGCCCGGAUGAGGAAGUGAUGUGAGCGGGCCGUGGAGCGGCGAGGAGCGGGGCGGCCGCGGGGUAAACUGUGAAAGACAGUGGGCCUCCAGCUGCCCCCAUGCUCUCAUCUGGGGUGGAAUGUCUCCUUGACUCCUCUGCCUGUACUGGCACUGAGGACCUUCACGAGGGGCUCAGCAUCCCUGCUGGCCUUAUGGCUGUGUCUGAGCCCGGUGCUGGAUUAGAUGCAGAGCCUGAUGUGUCCACACCUGAGCUGGCCCACAGUAGUGAGCCGUCAUCAGAGCACCACAGGACUUUGGAGGAAAAAGGCUUUGGUGAGGAAGCAGUGCAUGUGGAUGAUGUGGUCAGAGAGGCUCAUUGGGAGCAAGCAGAACCGCUUACCAAAGAAUUACUACACAAUGGAGGUGCUGAAAAGGAUGAAGAAAACAAACAAACUCGCUGGAAACAAGACUGUUCUAGUGGAGAAUACCAGCAAGGAGAUAAAGAGGCACAAGAUGCUGAAGAGGGCCGUGCUGAAUGCUGUGCUCUAAAACCUGGGGAAAAAUGGUUAAAACAAGAGGAUCCUCACCUAAACAAGCACAAGGUGAAUUCUUCAGCUAGCUGUCGUGCAAAAGGAGAAAACCAAGCAAAUGUUCAGGUGACAGCUGAAACUCUCCCAAAGCUUACUGAAGAAGCACAAGGUAUGAAGGCUGAUGGGACUAGAAUAUUUAGUAAAGCAGGAUACCAGAAUGGCAGUGUGAGUAAAGGUCUUCUACCUGAGAGCGAUGAAUGCUCAAAUAUAGACACGGUCAUGGCUAGAGCUGAGGUUUCAGAAACCACCAGGCUAGAUUUCAUAGAGCCUUUAAAAGUUACGGACGUUGAAUCAACAACAGAACACUCACAAGAAAUAAGUGAAUAUAAUGAGUUGAAAGCCCAUGCUGACAUCUCAUUGAGAACAGGGAGCAAUGUGGUAUCUAUUUUGGAGACUACAGAAGAAAAGUUGCCUAGACAAAAUCUCGUUAAUGAAUUCAAUACAUCACUUGAUAAUUGUCACACUUAUCAUCACAAUGAAGAAAACAAUACUUGUGACCUCUGUACCGUUUUUCCACGUAGACAUAAUGAACCUGUUAGGUUAUCAUCUGUAGGAAGUUGUAGAAUGCUCUCCAUAAAAAGUUCUGAAGUUAUGUGUUCAGUUCUGGAAAGCGUCUGUUAUCUGGACUUUAGAAAUGUGUCACUAGACAACAACAGUACUGCAAUCCAUGGAAUUAUCAAUGAAACCUCAAAAAAGCAUCUUCCUGAAAGCACGACAAGUCAGACUACUUAUGAUCACAGAACUGGAUUUGUAAAGAACUGCACCUCCAAGUCCAUGCCAGUAGAACAUCUCUCACUGCUAAGUAAGAAAGAAUUAUCUAGUGAUAAAACUGGUGAUGGGGAAACAAAUGACAGUACAAGUAAAUCAUACAUCUCUGAAUUUGAAGAGGCUGCUGAAAUCCAGAGAGAAAUUGCUGUGGGGGGUAACAUUGAAGCUCGAGAGAGUGCUGAUGUUGAGCACUGUCAUCCUUCAGUUUUCAAUUCUAUUGCUCCAUCUUCUGAGGAGUUCUCAAAAGAAAAAUUAGAAACAAUUUCGUCAAAAGCCAGUAAGUGGAAAAAGGACCAGUUGCAAUUUUCUGUAAGUGAUCUGUGCAAGGACGAUUUAAAAGAAAGUGUUCUGUUGAAGGAAACAAAUAGCACUGCUUCCCAUGAAACUGUACAGACAGAUGUAGGCAUUUAUAAGGCCUACAGUAAAAUUUCUUUUCCCACUAGGCAUGACUGUCAGGAUCUUUCUGCCAAGCUAGAAGAUGAUUCACCUGAGGUACAACUGUUUGAGCAGGAAUCCCAGAGUAAUACAUUAGAGUUUUCUGACAAAGAAACUAAUUUGAUUUAUACACUAAAUGUAAUUCUACCUCCUCUUGCACAAAAAUCAAGAGAGCCUCACUGUGAUGAGUGUCCGUUUUGUACUGCUAAUGAAGCUGCAAGCAAGGACAAGGUUCAGGAUAAUCUAUCUGGAAAAGAAUCGUUUGGUUCUUCUGGGACAACAGAAGAACAAGUUGCUGAAUUUGUGCUGCAUAAAGACAAAUUCACGUCCUCAAUAAAUCCCAAGACUUCUGAUGAAUCCAGUAUGACAGGCAACAUUUCCCAGAAGAACAAGAAGUCUUCAGAAGGGAAGGUAGAGAGUGUAGAAAGUGAACAUAGCAACACGUGGAAAUGUAGUAAUCAGACUUUAAAAGACCAGCAUACAGCUUCCACUACUUCCAGUAUCUUAACAAGUAGUACACCUGUAGGUGAUGCUGUCCUGAACAGUAAUUUUUUUAAGGCUGAUAUUGAGAUGAAGAUUGAAAAUGAUAGUUUGGAAGGAGAUGUUUCAGUUGGAUGUAAUAGUAAAAAGACAAUCACUUUUCUGGAAGAAUGCUGCCCUUUGUCAUGUAGAUCUCUUCCCUGUCAAGAUGACUGGGGCAAUAGAUGCGUAGCUCUGCAUGGGAUAAAUGAUAUUUCCACAGAAAAAAGCAUGUUUUGCCUAACUUAUGAUGCAGAGGAACCUCCUGCUAUCUUAUUAGGAGAUGAGAUUUCAAAUAAGAAUGUGAAUAAGAAUAUGAAAUCUGAAAAUGUGAAACAAUUUGAUCUUUGUAAAUUAACAGAUUGCAGUGAAAUUAUUUGUGACAAAGAUGAGGCAGAAAAACAAUUUAGUAUGUGUGCUGUCCAUACCCAUGAAUUUGAUAAAAUAAGAACUGUGAGUUCUCCAAAAGUUCCUGAAGGGAAUUGGAGAAGUGAGACUGGUAAACAGCUAUUAGUCAGAAAUUUGAACAAAAAAAAUUGUGUUCAUAAUUUUGAAUUUCGCAACUCUCCAUUACUUCUGAAGAUGAGAGAACUAGGCACAUCUGGGAAGAAAGGAAUGUCAUCACUCACAGCUAGUUCUGAGUACAGCUUUUCUAUCUGUGGUGCAUGUCCGCUGCUCAACAAUAUGAAUAUGCAAACAAGACAUGCUAUCCAAACAGAAAUGACCGUUUCUCCAAUGGAAAAUCAGUUUCUUGCACAUCAGAGUGAGUUCUAUGGCCUGGUUCAUGGCAGAAAGCAACAUGUAGAAAGCUUAAACAAAGAACCAAAUACUGGUUUACAGUAUAUUGCUACUUCUGCAGAAGAAGCUAAACUGUCAAUCAGCUCUAGCCAACAUGAACAGAUACUGUUAAAAAAAGGUGAUGAUCUGACUCUGUUAGGUCAUAAACAUGUAAGAGAAGAUGGUUUUCAAAGAACUUUAGAAGAGAAUGCAGUGGAUUUUGAGUCUUCAAGUGGUUUAACAAAUGCAGACUACUCAAGAUGCAUCGGUUUUGUCAGUGAUGUAAUUCAAGAGAAGAUGACAGAAGUAAAAGAAAGUGAGAACGGCUGUGGAAGAGCAGAUAAAGGAACUCAUGAAGAAAGCCUUCCUGAUAGCAAAUCACAGUAUUCACAGCAUGCUUUGUCCAUCAAAUCUGUGAAAGACAAAGUAGAGCUAGUAAUCUCAAGAAAUGCAAGGAAGCGAUCCAUGGCAAAGAUGAAGUGGUUAACUGGGGACCAAGCAGUUAAUGUCUCAUUUUUGCCCUCCUCAUCAAUUCAUGGGAGUCUGUUUUAUAAGCCAGAAAUGUGUGUACCUUCAGAGAUGGAAAACAAAAAUCUGAAAAUAAAAUCUGUCUCAAAUAAUUCUUGCUCACAGUUAAUGUUGGAGCCUGGUAAAGAAAAUGAUGCUAACAAGGGCGUGGGUCCAUCUUGUUUUGUGAAGUUUAACAUCCAGGAUUCCUCUAAUGAGACUCAUGAGGAUUCAGAAACACCAUCAGCUCCAAACUUAGCUAACUCUUUGCCUCAGAAAGAAAAGCUAUUUGUGUCAUCUGAGAAUACAGACAUAGGUAAUAGCGAUUCAUCUUCAGAUGAAAUUUGUUGGAAAGGUUCUUCAGUGACAAAACCUUUUUCUGUAACAAUGUACAUUAAGAGAGAGGCCAGCAAUACUGAAAUACCAUCUUUAGAGGAUGAAAAGGCAGCUAGCUCUCUGAAAAGUGCAAGAAGUUUCAGUGUUUGUGUAUGCAACAAAGAAAAGCAGAGAGAUGAGAGGCUGACUGCAAAAGUCAUGGAUGUGACCUUACCAAAAAGUGCUGAUUUUGGAGAGAAGUUGAAGAAUGCAUGUACAGAAGAGAAAAUGGAAAGAGAAGUGUCUCAUAAAAAAAAGUUGCCCGUACAUUCCUUACUUGAUGGAGAAGAUUGCUUAUGGGCCUCAAUAGAAGGUUUAAAAGAGUCUAGUAGCAAAACAAUUACUCUAAGUACAGAGAACUAUGAAAAAGGUUUUGAAGAAAUCCCAAGACCUGACCUAAACAGUCUUUCAAAGGAAAGGAACGCUACAAAGCUUACAAGCUCCACUGAUACCAGUUUACUAUCAGAAGCUGUGCAAGACUGUCAAACUGCAGAUGCAUCUGAUACAGAAACUUCACCAGAAUUCAAAUAUAAUGAAAUGAACGUGCUAUCAAAUGGUUGUAAAGAAUCAUUACCAAAUUAUGCAGUUCAGUGUGAAGUAUGUGUGCCUUACAAAUUAAAUGCACAAAGCAAAGAUAAUGCAAAGGAAAUUACAGGAUGUCAAGACUCUGUAGCAGCUCAUUCAGUUUCCGUGGAAAAUGAGACUUCAAAUUCUGUGAGACGUGAUAAAGUAGAGAAAUGUCAGGCACGUAAACGAAAGAAAAAGUGUGAGGGGGUGAAAGUGCAUGGGUCAGACAAAGCAAAACAAGAAAAAAAGGCAGCGUACAAAGUGAAAUCAAAAGUUGCAGUGCAUCCAAGCGUAUUGUACAGUUCUGAACUUUUAUGCAGUUCUUCAAAUGAGUUGGUGAUGUCAAGAAAUACAAAGUUUGAAAGUCCUUCAAAGGAAGCUUUUGCUGUGAGAAGCAGUGAAAAUAAACUGUGUAGCACUUUACAAGAAAUCAAAAGGCCAAAGAUUACCACUGAUACUAUUAGUUCAUGUUUUUUAAAGACUCAGGAUUCAGAAAUGGAAAACCUGAACCUUAAGGCAGGUUAUAAUGGAAUUCUUGGUGCCUUUGGAACUAGAAAUAAACUAAGAGGACCUCUCCCAUUGAAAAUACAGCCUGGAAGAACAUGCAAAAAAGUUCCCACGUCAUAUCAACUAGAAACUGUAAGAAAAAUAAAAAAAUCUAAAAGUUCAACUGUUUUGGAGCCUCCCUCAGAAAUGCCCCCUAAACAGGAAAACACAGUCCUCAAAUCUUUGUACUUUGCCUCUAAAUCACCAACGGUGAAGAAGGAAAUAGCCAUGGGAUUUGUCCAUAUGCCGAGGCAGAAAGCCAAGAGGUGCAGUUUGCUGAGCAGCUUGAAAUUCAGAAAAUGUACCAAAGAACCAGCAUUGCUGAGCAAGCUGUCUGCAUUAGCCAGCAAAUUACUGGUACCUGCCACAAGCAUCCAUAGCUUGGAAUCCCUGCCGUAUUCUUCUGAAAUUCUUCCAGCGGCUGCAAGGCACAGGCAGCGUAGAUCUAAAAAUCUAUUGGAAGCUUUCUCUUGCAUUAACAGGAACUUACACUCACGCUGGGCUGACAGUUGGUGUACCAAGAUGUUCAGCUUUCAAUCUUUGGCACUUUAUUCAGUGAGAUCUACCAAAAUACCUUCUUUAGAUUCGAGCAACAAUUCUCCGUCUUCUUUCUUGGAUACCCCAGUGUUCCCUAUUUCUUUUCACAUAAAAUUAGACUCCAGUCCUGUGACAGACCUCACAUGGACUACAUCUCAGCAUUCUGUACAUCAUAAACUAGUUUUGGAAGAAAUGCCUGCACCACCUUCCACGUGGACUUUCCUCCUUUCUCAGAGCUGUUCAGGUGCAGCAGCAAUCAAAGAAGAUUCCAGUCAAGAUCACAAGCUGCGUUCCCCUCUCUCUGUAACAACCCCAGGGGUUGUUGCACUUCAUCCUGACCAUGGAAGAAAUGCCAUAGCUGAAAGAACAGGAAGUUGCUCCAUGCUUGGCCUUCAUACAGUGUUAGCACUUUCUUCUCCUGGAUGUUACAGGAUUUGGACAAGAAGAAGAAACUUAACCAGUCAUAUUCCUACCAUCCAGAGACUAUUUAUAUCCCAAUUUACCCAGGGUUUGAAAGGGGGAUCUAAUGUACCAGAUGACCUGGUCUCUUCCCUGCCGUACUCCUUGGGCAGGGCACUAUCCAUGUGGAGUCAGCAUGGUCCUUCUGCCUGUCCCUCCGAAAUCACUCCUCUUCAUUCCAGUCACUGCAAGUGGCAGCCAAGUGUGGGCAUCGAGAACAGCUAUGCUAUAUUACCACACUUACCUGUACAGGGUAUGGAAGCACUACAGACUGCAGGUCAUGAGAUAUGUCUGGAACCUCCAUUCCCUCUUCCACUACCAAAGUCUUGCAUGCUUUCGGAAGCAUUGCCCCCUAUGCUUCCAGAACCUGAACUUCAGGUCCAUGCCCCUGAUGCAGCAGAUAGUUCCACUCCAGACUGUUUUAGAUCCCAAGAUGACACAGAACUGAAAAAAACUGAGCCAGAAGAGAGGCCAAAGAAAGUCUCACAGAUCCGAAUCAGGAAAACUGUUCCUAGGCUAGAUCAUAACCUUACUCCUAUGGGACUACCCAAACCAAAAAGGCUUAAGAAGAAAGAAUUCAGUCUAGAAGAAAUCUACACAAACAAGAACUACAAGUCCCCUCCUCCAGCCAGGAGCUUGGAAACAAUCUUUGAAGAGCCCAAGGAAAAGAAUGGACACUUGAUUUCUGUCAGUCAGCAGAAGAGAAAGCGGAUUCUGGAGUUUCAGGACUUCACUGUUCCUCGGAAGAGAAAGGCACGGGGCAAAAUGAAAGCAGUGGGAAGUUUCACUCGAGCAAAAAAAGCUGCACCACAAAGUGCAGAGUUAGAUGCCCUUCUGAGUCAGAAGCUAAUGGACCUUGAAGAAUUUUUUGCAAAGGAGGAUGAGCAGUUGUUGUCUUCUAGCACUGGGGGGAGCCACGAGCUGAAAAUGGUCCAGUGAGCUACUUCAGUAUGAAUUGUAGAGAAAUCUACUGAUUUCUUACCUUACUCUACCACUCUCUUGUAAUAUAUGACGAUCAAGUAAUGGCUGUGACCCUCUAAGGUGCUAUUUAAUCUGGUUUUUUUUUUCUUUUUUUGCUACUGGAGGGAUUCUCUUAGGGUCACGUGUGACUUAGCAUUCCUUCCCCAACCCCUGGAAGUUAUGGCUAACAUUUAGUUAUGUUUCAAGACCUUUUAAGGGUAGAGUGGGAGUAUCAGGGAGGAAGUAGCACACCUUCCAUGAUGCUGGGACUCUGUACUCCAAAACCUUUGCACAUUGAAUCUGCUGUUACUACUGUAAUGGCUUUUUGAACAAUAUGACAUAAGAGUAUGUGGUGUUUGGUAAAGAUACAUUUUAGCCAACAUAUUCUUGAUAAUACCACUAAAUUUUUAAUAAUUAAAAAUAGCAUUCCUAUCUUA